GCAACGGCGGUCUGGUCUGAAGCCGAGUCCGGCAGUACGCUUCCUACUUCUUUCUCCGCAGAAAUUGUGGAGCAAAAAAUGGGAAAGGGCCCGCGGGGCACUCGGGAUGACGAAAGCUUAUGCUUGGGCAAAGUCGAAAGCCUCAUCAGGGUCGCCGCACGCAAAUAGCCCAUUCUUGCGCGGCCCUCUAUUUCCUCGGUGGAGACCGUGGGGAAACUCCUUUACAGUGCAAUAGAGUUGCUUUCCAUUGUCUUUGCCGUCCGCUGGAAAACCAGCAUCCCACCACCCAAAGCUCAUCCCUUGCAGCAGAUGGGACAGGGAUUAACAGCCUGGGGCCAACUCCCAUUGGUCCCCAACACCGGCGAGGGGCUGCCCCACGUUUGUACCGACGAUUCGAUUUCAAGCCUUGGAAAUCGACCGACGACAAACACCACACCUCUGAUUGGCAUUUGGGAAGCCCAUCUUGCAUAUUGUCGUCUUGUUCUCCCCGCAGAACGGCACGUCCACUUCUCGCUCCAUGUUGCGCCGAGCCGCCUUGAACCACCUGUCGAGAGCCUUUCGCCGGCCGCUUUCCACCAUGGCAUCAUCAGACACUCCCGUCGAGGAUGUGAUCCGGGAGAAGAUCUCCGCUGCUCUCCAGCCCACCACCCUCGAGAUUCACAACGAUUCCCACCUUCACGCCCACCACAAGGCCAUGGAAGGUAGCACCUCGAGAGAGACUCAUUUCAGGGUAAUCAUCACCUCCGAGGCAUUUCGCUCCAAGAUGCAGCCCGCCCGCCACCGCUUGGUCUACUCGCUGCUCAAGGACGAGAUGGCCCGAGAAGGCGGUAUCCAUGCUCUCCAACUACGGACCAUGACGCCUGAAGAGGAGGAGAAACGACGUGCUCAGGAGGCUGGAGAUCAGUAAACCAGACUUGAUUCCAGAAGAGCAAAUCGAGAAAUGUAAAAUAAAUACAUGAUACCCCCUUUACGACCAAUUACACGAAUGUUGAUAUGAAAAA